CUACUCGCCCUCGCCCCGCAAACGUGUUUGUCUGUAACCCAAAGCGAUGGCGCUGCGAACCGGUCUGUGGGCGCCUUGGGCCCUGCGGCCUUUUGGCCUCCCUCCUCAGCGGUUUUUCAGUUGUGGAACAAAAGGAUUAUACAAAAGCAUUGAGGCGGAACGAGCUAAAUUCUUUCAACCUCUUAAAAAAGUGAUGUUACCACCUAAUAGUUUUCAAGGGAAAGUAGCUUUCAUCACAGGUGGAGGUACUGGUCUUGGGAAAGGAAUGACCACUGUUCUCUCCAGUCUGGGUGCAACCUGUGUGAUAGCAAGUCGGAAGAUUGAUGUUUUGAAAACUACUGCAGAAGAAAUUUCUUCUCAAACAGGAAAUAAGGUGCAUGCAAUCCAGUGUGAUGUGAGGGAUCCUGAGAUGGUUAAAAAUACUGUCUCUGAAUUAAUCAAAGUAGCAGGACAUCCUGACGUUAUAAUAAACAACGCAGCUGGGAAUUUUAUCUCUCCUUCUGAACGUCUCUCUCCUAAUGCCUGGAAAACCAUAACUGAUAUAGUUCUGAAUGGCACUGCCUUUGUCACCCUGGAAAUUGGAAAGGAGCUAAUUAAAGCACAGAAAGGGGCAGCAUUCCUGGCUAUCACAACUAUCUAUGCUGUGACUGGAUCAGGAUUUGUAGUGCCAAGUGCUGCUGCCAAAGCAGGUGUGGAAAUAAUGAAUAUGUCUCUUGCAUCUGAAUGGGGUAGACAUGGCCUGCGAUUUAAUGUGAUUCAGCCAGGACCAAUCAAAACUAAAGGUGCUUUUAGCCGUCUUGACCCAACUGGAGCAUUUGAAAAAGACAUGAUUGAGAGAAUUCCCUGUGGCCGACUGGGGACUAUAGAAGAACUUGCAAAUCUUGCUGCUUUCCUGUGCAGUGAUUUUGCCUCUUGGAUUAAUGGAGCUGUCAUUAGAUUUGAUGGAGGAGAAUAUGUGUUGUUGUCAGGAGAAUUCAACAGCUUACUGAAGGUAUCCAAGCAGCAGUGGGAAGUAUUAGAACAACUGAUCAGGAAAACAAAAGGUUCCUAAAGCUGCCCUUAUCAUAAUCCUUUGCUUGUGGAAAACAUUGGAGCAAAAUACACAGUAACUUCAGUUACAUUUUCUUUAAUCAUUUUAUGUAACACAGCUAAUAAAAAAAUCUUGUCAUGAGA